GGUGUCUCCAUAGUGCAGCCCUGGCCCUCCGCCCGACACCUACCCCCUCGCCCUCGCUGGAAACAAGGAGCUCUGUGCUCUAUACUCUGAAGCUGGAGAGAGUCAUGGACAGCCUCCCCUGGAGAGGUGUCCCUAAGAUGUAUGAGUUUCCGUGCAGGUGUGUGCCACUCCAGGAGAUGCCCGUGGCUAUGACCCAGGCCUGGGGCUCUGUCUGUGCUGGGGACAAGGCUCAAGUGGAACGUGUGGUCCCCUGUGCCCCGAGGGAGAGAGACACGUCCUGCAGCUCAGCUGCUCUGAGGGCGUCCCACAGAUCUCCGUCCCUGAGGGCACUGGGAGCCAGGAAUUCUACCUUCUGGACAAGCCUUCCUCACCACGUGCCGUAGGCCAUCCCUGCAACUCAGACCAAGGGCAUAAGCCUGUCCCUCUGUAUGUGGUCAGGAUGGAUGGUAAGACAGUGGGACAGAGGGAAGCCACAGGUGGACCCACCACUCAGGACCACACAUGGGAAAGCCUGGACCUUUCUGUGGCAUGAGCGUGGCCUCUUCAGGCAGAAGCUAGAUGGUGAUGGGCGGAGCCCCAUGAAGGGACCCGUUGAUUUUUAGAAAGUUGAAUCCCGCCAUGUGCAAAUCAGAAACAGACAGCUUCUGCUGUGUCCAUGCACCAGGGAAAACUCUCUCCCAGGCCCCUGCCAGUUGAGGGAGAUCCCUGUCUUGUUCCAGACUUUGGGUUCCUGGGCCUGAUCAGACCAGGACACAAGCUGCUGCACGCCCUUGGCCUGCUCUUCGGGGAUCCCAGGGCCCCAGGCCACAACACCGGAAAGUCGAGCGAAGGACAUCUGACCUCCCCUUGGUCAGGGAGCCCCAACUCCACGCGCUGUGGGCAUCUGUUGCCCCCAGAGCCUGGCAUCCGCAACCCCACAGUCUGCCUCCAAGUCAACGAUACACUUGCCUUCCUGGUCACCCGUGAGCAUUACCCGGAGUAUGACCUGGGCCACUUCUAUAACACACUGCCGGGAUUUGACUGGGGACGCUUCCGGGCCCUCCCUGAGGAGUCCCAGCUCCACGAUAGAGAGCCCUACCUCUUCCUGCAACAGUUCCAGCAGCCCGGGGUGUAUGUCUUCCGUCUGAGCAGCAACAAGCAUCGGAAGAUGGUUUGUCCGUGACGGUUGGCCUCGUUCAACACACCCACCCAUCAUGUCCCCCUCACCUUAGACGACACUGCCUCAUAACCAUCCCAGACGGAACCCCAAGGAGGGAGACACUCAGGGCAUCCCUAUCAAAGUUUUGGGCUCCACACUCCUAACAGACAGUUGCUGGGGGUUUCCAGGGUUCCUCCAACAUGUGGUGUAUAGAGAAGGGAAGACCGUGGGGGUAAAAAUAGCAGGUGUGUCUAAGGACCUCACGGUGUCCAGACAUCGCUCAUGGCCCUCUGCUUCAUUACCCGCUUUUGCCCCACUCCCUCUCUCACCUUGAAAGCUCACACCCCAAGGUCAUCUGCACAGGCUUGUAUCCAUGUGACCUGCUUGUGAUGCCUCCACUGACCCAGGUGCAGUGUCAGGGUCACACACGGGAUUUAGCUCCUCACCCCCCCUGCACAGCGUCGAGGAGGCUGUGCCGACCUCGCCCCAGAACAGGCAAACAGCUGCUCUGUUACUCGAUGUGAAUUUGUUUCCCUGGGGAAAACACAGAUUCUGCUCCCCCAAGGUGUGCACAAAGGUCUGGGCUAUUUGGUUCGUGCCGACAGGCCCAGGGUCCCACUCUGUCCCCUUGCUGGUCUCUGGCAGACCGUGAGAGAAAGGCUGAACAGAUUUCUUUCCCCCCAGUACCUCCGCACCCUGCCGCCCGGGGGCCGGUGCUUCGGAGAAGGGCCCUUUGCCUCCACGACUCCCAGGUAUCUCAUCCAAACCGGCAUUGCCAAGAUCCCCAGGCCCCCGAAGAGGUCUGACUGGCCAGAAGUCCUGGGGGAGAUGGUCCUGCUGCUGGGGUUCUGCCUGCUUCUGUUGAUUCAGUGUCACAGCCUGAGCUGGGCCCGGAAGGCCACUCCCAACCCCACCUUCCGGAAGCAUCAGCAAGGAUACAACCUGGAUGCCUACACCUCCCCAAGGCCUGGGAUGACGUCAGUGAGGAGAGGUCGAGCACACCAAGAUUCUGAUACCCCCAGGGUUGAGGGAGAUCACGGUGAGUGACAGACUCAGGUUAGAAUCCCAGAGGGGUCCCCAAAUCCAACUGGCCACCCCCCGCUUCCCUUUCUCAUGUUCCCAGAUUACUCAUGGUUCUGUUCUUCCGCAUUUCAUUUAUUCAUUUGUUCAGUAA